AUGGCACGUGAUGCGGUGUUGCGCCUAACGGGCAAGAAGGGAGGCGCCAAGGUAGGCAAGCCCCAAGGUAAGGGUAUCAUCCUUAGGGCUUCAAAGAGGGGGCUGGGUAAUGCCAAGAAUAAGGGUCUGCAAGGCAGUGAUUGCUGUGAAUUGUUAGGCGACGCCGGUGGGGUUGAAGCUAGCCAGCCGAGGCAAGCUUCGGCGCUGGUGGAGUUGGGGCUAGCCUGGGAGACACCAAUGUGCUGGGCAGCGACGCUGGAGCAACUGGCAGGGGUUAGACACCAAGGCAUUUGGCAACAACACCAAGGCACUAGGCAGCGACGCAAAGUGAUGUCGUUGGACUUCAGCAUAGGAGGCAGUGAUGCCCGCAUAGGGGCAAGAGGAGGCAACUGCGUUGUGACUUGGGCGACACCCUUGGCAUUUGAGACAACCAAGGACGGUGCAAAGGUGGUGCCAAGCUUGGCGACACCACGUAGGCUCAGAGGCGACACCAGGCUGGGCGAUGCCACACAUGUAGUGAUGCUGGCUGGCUGGCAUGGGCACCGAGGAUGUGGCGACACCUUUGGAGCAGAACGGACUGGGCAAUGCCAAGAUGGUCUAAGCGACACAGGGAUUUGA